GCGCUUGCCGCGCCUGAUGCGAACUGCUACAAAUGACGGUGGUUUGUUGUCGGCCAGUUUGGCGGGAACCGUUACGACGAAGCGGAGUGGUGGAGUUGCCAGGAGGGGCAAACAAAGAAAGCAUUCAUGCGAUCUGUGACUGCAACGAGGAAAGCGCGGCUGCUUCGGAUGGAAAAGUAUCUGAGAAGCCCGCAGAAGGUGACCAGGCUUCCAGCAACCCAAUCCCUUGUCCUGACGCACUACUUGAACUGAAGGCACAAGAACUUGGCAACAGGUCUCCACCAGGCCCAAGCAUUUUCAAAGAGAAUGGCAACCUCAAAAUUGCCUGCAAGGAAAACAUUGUGGCGUUACCACCUGCAUCAUCACCUGAUAAGGCGGUCAUCCUCCUGUUGACUGUAUAUUUUAUUCUAAACCUGUCAUACCCAUACGCUUUUGGACAGUUUUGGGGACUUGUGCAGCAGCAUGUCAGCUGCAACAUUGUGAAGUUGUGCCUUCUUUUACGAUUUUUUAUCACCAAGGCAAAGCGCUGGCUGUAGGUUUCAAGGCUGGCUUGUUGUUUUUUUUUUCUUUAAGGUAUCUCACUUGUAUUUUUCAAGGUUGAUUUG